AUGUGGGGAGCCUCAAUCUUGCCGCUCACAUUGGCUUUGCCGUGUGUUAGUGCUAUUACGCUGCACAGACGUGACGAUCCGGCUGUUCUCGGAUUGCCGAUUGCUCGUAGUGAAGCGACUCGUGCGCUGCAAAAGCGCAGUUCUGAUAUCGUUAGCACAUCGCUAUACAAUAAUCUUAAUACGUAUUAUUUGGUGAAUCUCACCAUCGGCACUCCUGGUCAGAAUGUCUCGGUCGCUAUCGACACCGGUAGCAGUGAUCUCUGGGUCAAUGUUCCUAAUUCAACAUACUGCUCUGGAGAUGAUGAUCUCUGUGCAUCGGGCGGUACUUUCGAUAUCAAGAAAUCCUCCACUUUCAAAUUGCUGGACUAUGAUAUGAACGCUACAUAUGUCAGUGGUUUCUUGGCUGCUGGUCCUUACGUGACCGACACAUUGGAGAUUGGAGGAGUUACCGUGAAGGACUUCGAGUUUGCAGUGGCCGAACAGAGUUACAAUGAUGUUGGCAUUGUUGGAAUCGGAUACUCGGCAUCUACUGAUGCUGCUGCGGCCCUGGGAGAGGACUACGACAAUCUCCCGGUGGCACUAGCAAAGAGCGGUGCUAUCAAGUCAGCCGCCUAUAGCUUGUGGUUGAAUAAAUUCGAUGGCACGGGCAACAUUCUCUUUGGAGGUGUCAACAAAGCGAAAUACCAAGGCGAGCUGCAGACCUUGCCUGUCGUACCGAAUGAGGGCAAGUAUACUUCUCUGACCGUUGCGUUGACCGAGCUUUCUCUGAAAAACUCCUCCGAGACGAAGAGUUACACCACCGGUCUGCCAUUGGCUGUUACUCUGGACAGCGGAACCAGCCUUACCAUGCUGCCCAAGGCCCUGGUGGAUCCCAUUUACAAGAUAGUCGGCGCCACUUAUGAUUCGAAAUACGGCGCCGGCUCUAUCUCUUGCGAUAUGCACUCGGCCGACUACAACCUUACCUUUAGUUUCUCGGGUGCCACAGUCUCAGUCCCAAUGAGCGAACUUGUUUACUUGAACUAUGCCGAGCCUGAUUUCGCCAAGGGCGACUGUAUCUUCGGACUUGUCUACAGUGAGCCCGGAGAGAAUCUGCUGGGUGAUUCGUUCUUGCGUAGCGCCUAUGUGGUCUAUGACCUUGACAACAAUGAGAUCUCAAUUGCUCAAACGAACUAUGAUGGUGGCGACGAUGAUAUUGUUGAGAUUGGUACCGGAACUGCUGCUGUGCCGGGUGCUACUGCGGUGGCUUCUGCUGUCAGCUCGGCGACGGGUAAUGGAGCUGUUCAGACUACGGCCGUUUACUCUUCUGGAGCUGAGACUAAGACUGUUCCGGCAUCUGCUACUGGUUAUGAGACUGGAUCUGCGACUGGAUCGGCCACUGGGUCCGCUGAGAGUGGUGGUGCUACUAGCACUAGCUCUUCGGCUUUGGGAGCUUUGGCCACUAGCAUGCCAAACAAUUUACUGUCUGGUGUUUUGGGCGCUGGCUUGCUGCUGGCUCUGUAG